UUCUCUCAUUAAUCUCCGUAAUCACACAGAUCCAAGAAAACCCAUGCUUUUAUCAAGACCGUGAAGGUCAAUGUGCGGUGACCUUUUGUGGGUGUGCUUGUCUGGCUUGUUUAUCGAAGUUUCCAUGGCAACGGUACAAUGUUGGUUUUCAUCGAGACAACAUUUCUGUACGAAUAAGAUCAAGUUCUAUAACAGUUUGCGUCAUCAGAGCUAGCCAAAAGCAUCACUCUCUCAUACAGCCUCUUGCUAGUGAGUCAGGAAGCCUCUAGGCAAUCGUGAGAUUUUACGUCGAGUCGAAAGUUCAUAAAAGUCAACGGCGUAAACAGUUAUCAAGAGCUUGACGUUCAGCCUUACAGAGGAUCUAUGGAGCUUCCACAUGACAGGGAAAUACCCGGGAACGGGUUGGGAUAGGGUCGAAAGGAGAUGUCAGGGUGCGUGUUGUUUCACAUUUGAAUCAUCUUUAUUUCAAUAGCAUUAUUGUUCAAACCCUGGUUCAUCUGAAGACCAGACGAGAUACCAAUCCUUGGGUGAUAUCUCGGGUUUGUGUUGAUUUCCUUGCGUUUGUUGCGGAAAUGCGGAAGUCGGCCGACAGGUUAGGACGAGGCUCAGGUGUUCUACCUGAUUGGUUACCACGUCAGGAGGGCUCAUUUGCAUAGUCAACAGACACCUUUGGCCCGAGCGCAGGUUGGAAUAUUUAUCGCCGCCAUUUCUCUAGUGUUUGUGACAGGUUUCUUGGGUGGCACGUUUGUAGAUAACAAAUCCACGUUCCGAACCAGAGAUGAGUUGAGAUGUUCCUCGGCUAGCGAGCAGCUGACGGCUGGUAGGACGGGCAGAGACGCCGGGAGCGCCGCCCGUGCGUCAGGUACUCCUGCCCUGCGCCUUCACCUGGCGUAUCGAGGUCGACAUGGCGAACAUUACAUUCAGCACGGCGCUCACGGAGGCUCUCAGCACCUCGGUCGCGACGCUGACCCCCGCCACCGCUAACCUGGUGGGGACCAACAGCUCGCCCUCCCCUGUACAGGACCUGAACACCACCGACAGGGCGGCCGUGGACGGGGCGGUGGCGGCAAGGGGUCUCUUCCUGGCCCUCUUCCUCCUUCUCGGCCUGCUGGGGAAUAGUCUGCUGGUCGCGACCAUCGCCAGUACCGAGAGGCUCCGGAAUGUCGUCUUCAACAUCUUCCUCAUCAACCUGGCGGCGGCGAACUUAGCGGACUGUCUGCUGAACAUCCCGUUCGUGCUGGCGUCCACCACGGCUGGGGACGGCCUGCCGCUCAACAGCACCACCACUACCCUCCCCUGCCAGUUCAACUCCUUCUUUGUGCAGUUUAUAAACAUCGAGCUGGUCCUGCUGAUCUGCACUAUGUGUCUGGACAGAGUGAUGGCCGUGCGGGAACCCCUACAAUACAGCGUCCUGGCGUCCCCGCCCCGUGCAGGUGCCGUGCUCGGCUACACCUGGGCACACAGCCUCGCCUUCUCGCUCUGCAUCCUGGUCGGCACGCCGGCCUCCGUCUACUACAAUGCCCGGUUCCUGUGUUCGCUAGAGCCCCAUGACUCGCUGGCGUACGUCGUGGUGGUGUCCAUCUUCUGCUUCCUCCUGCCCCUGCUACUCAUCAUCACGGCCUUUUGCGUGAUCCUGAAGUACAUCGUGGCUGAGCGGAGCCGCGUCAAGGCGAUGAACCAGUUCCAGUACACAGACGCAGUGCUGCCGCACGAUCAGGCCUUCUGGGCCGAGGUGGACAUAGCGAAGCUGACGGGGAUGCUAGUGGUGUCCUUCAUCGUCCUCAGAGCGCCCUACAUCAUGACUGCGCUCAUCCACGUGUACACAGCCUCCCAGGCAGACAUGGACUACGCCAACCAAGUGGACACCACACUAGUGUGGCUCAUGUUCAGCCAUGCUGUUUUCUUGCCAAUCGUAGCUUUCAGUAAGAAAAAGGAGCUGGGACAAGCCUUUAAAGACAUGGUUCUGUGCAGGAAAAGCAAUUCUAUAAUAGAUUCUGCCAAAGACAACACACUCACCACACAGGUGGCCUUUGACCAGGAGCUGAGACAUUCCAAACCGAAACUGCCGACCAGUCCGACCUUUAACGUGCCCGUGUUGUUCUCUACAAGUGAGGGUCUGCACUAUCACGUCUCCAGCCAGGAGAGACUGUCCAUCCAGGCAGCCGACUUCAGCUCGCUGGAGUCCGGCAUGAAGUCCCCGGACCUGCUGCUGAGCGGCAGUAAGAAGUGCGACGUGGACGAGGGCGGCGGGAACGACAGCGGGACGGAGAUGUCCCAAGACGACGAGUCGGACGGAGAGCGGGAGUCGGCAGGACAGGAGCUGGCUAUGUCGGGACAGGGGCUGACCAUGCCCCGCCUGGAGAAGGGGGGAAGUUUCCCCAAGUUACGGCCGCUGUCGCAGACUGACAUCUCCCUGAACCGAGUGGUCCGCACGAGCUCAGCUUCAGCACCAUAACCCCAGGGUUUGGAAGGACGACAGAGUGCUCAGCACAGACAGGACAUCUACAUGUACUCCUCUCUGCUGGGACACACUGUACACCUCUGCUGGGAAGGCAAG